CGCCAAGCGCAAAAAUCAUUCAAAUAAGUAAAGCAACGAGCAGAAGCGUCUCCUGCGUUAUUUUGAAUUGCAAUAUUGGAAUUUCACAACUUUUCCACAUCAAAUGAUGAUUAGAAGCAGCAGAGGCUCGUCGUAAACUGCGUCGGAAGUCGGGAACGUUGACUGCAGACUUGACAAAGACAAUGGCCACGCCGAGCAAGACGCCGCCCGGAGCCGAUCCGAAGCAGCUGGAACGGACUGGUACCGUUCGGGAGAUCGGCUCACAGGCUGUGUGGUCGCUGUCCUCCUGCAAACCGGGGUUCGGCGUGGACCAGCUGAGGGACGACAACCUGGAGACGUAUUGGCAGUCUGACGGAUCCCAACCGCAUCUGGUCAACAUCCAGUUUAGGAGGAGGACCAUGGUGAAGAUGUUGUGCAUAUACGCCGACUACAAGUCAGACGAGAGCUACACGCCCAGCAAGAUCUCCGUCAGAGUGGGCAACAACUUCCACGACCUGCAUGAAGUCAGGCAGUUGGAGAUGGUGGAGCCCAGCGGUUGGAUUCACGUGUCGCUCCUGAACCAGCUGAGCAACGAGCCCGUCCGGACCUUCAUGAUCCAGAUCGCCGUGCUGGCCAACCACCAGAAUGGCCGAGAUACGCACAUGCGGCAGAUUAAAGUGUACACGCCGGUGCAGGAGAGCUCCGUGGGCAAGUUCCCGCCUUGCACCACCGUCGACUUCAUGAUGUACCGGACCAUCAGGUGAUGCGCCGCGGAUGGCGCAAUCGUCCGCCGCGUGUCGCCGCGAUGACUUGCGCUGACCUUGUUUCUUCUUUGUACUUUGAAUUGUUUGCCCUUUGCCACAGCUGUGCCCCUUUUUUUCGCACCCAAAUAAACCUCUUCUCAACAUUCAACAUCUUUCAAAAAGUCGUCUUGACUGACAUCUUGCACUGUGUACCAAAAGCAUUUGUACAAGCUUUUCUUUUAUUUACAUGAGCUCUCUCACACACAUGACAGGUGCGACAAGUAAUUGAUGAAUUGUCAAACAAAUCGAUUAAUCGUUUCGCGACAUUGACUUCAAUUUGUCCAUUGUCUUGCAAAUUCAAACUGUCACCAGUUAUUCUGACGUCCGUUGUGAAAGCAGACCGUUUUUUUUUUGUUU